AUGCGAAAGUUGGAAUGGGACGACAUAGGAGCGAAGGUUGAUGGUCACCAGCUACACCAAUUCCGCUUUGCUGAUGAUAUCGUACUAAUAACACCUAGCAUUAGCCAAGCGGAACGAAUGCUGACCGAAUUCGACGAAACAUGUGGAUGCAUCGGUCUUCAGCUGAAUCUACAAAAGACGAUGUUCAUGCGGAACGGAUGGGUCUCGGAUGCCUCAUUCACGCUCAACGGAACGAACCUUUCCGAAUGCACCAGCUACGUUUAUCUGGGUCGGGAACUGAACAUGAUGAACGACCUGACCGCCGAGGCAGGCAGGAGGAGACGAGUGGCUUGGGGAGCGUAUAAGAGUAUCGAGGAUGUAGUGAAGAAGACCAGUAACACCUUGCUUCGUGCUCACUUCUUCAACACCACCGUAUUUCCUGCUUUGACCUAUGCUUCGAAAAUCUGGGCAUUUCGCAAGCAGGAAGAAAACGCGGUGAGCGUCAUUGAACGCGCAACUGAGAGAGUGAUGCUAGGAGUAUCCCGUUUCACGCAAGUGAGGGACGGAUUCGAAGUUCUCUCCUACGUCAGCGAUCGAAGAUUAGAGACGCCGCCGCGUUUGCUAUGGAAAGUAAAAUAA